CCCAGAGACAAAAUUGGAACGGGAUAAUUUGGCAAAUAUUUCCAUACAGAUACAUAUGUGUAUAUAGUAUAUGUCAGUGGAACGACUCAACCUAAUCAGCGACAUGCAAGGUCAGGAUAGUUAGGGAAACGUUGCUCGGAAAAAAGAAAUGUGCAUAGUUUUGCUACAGAAAUAUCAGCAAAAGGUACAAGAACAAUUCAUUAACCCGUUGUUUGUCAAAAGCCCGUUUCUGUGGCGAUAGGUUAAGCUGACUUAGGAACACUUUACGUAAUUUUCCUUCGCACGACUUAAUUCGUCUGACAUAAAUAUCUUCAAUGCGCAGAUUCUUCACUUCUAAAUAUUUGCGCAUUUCCUGUAAGAUCGAUUUAGCCUUGUAAACUUACCGUAUCAUAAUUUAGGUCAAACAAAAAAGCAGUUUUCAAUGAAAAACGAUAUCUUUGCAGCGACUCAGCAUUUACCACAAGCAACCAAAUUUUUUUCUCUUCGCUGUAAUAUUGCGAUAUUCGUCAACAAUCCUUUAAAUCUACUGUAUGAAUGUUCGUGCUUGUGGACAGAAAAUGACUAUGUUUCGCCCCUCCUUGAUUAAACAAGCUCCGCAUAUUUCUUGUGUAUGGAUUAAGUGCAUUAAUUGCUUCCACUAUGAGAAAAAAAAUAGCAUAAAUAGACUCAAUUUUUUACGUGCUACGAUAGAGAUGAUGCUGGGGCUGAUUUCGGAAAGAGAAAAAUAAGUCACUUUCCCACCUUAUCCACGGCAUACUUUCAUUCAGUGAAACUAGAGUAAAACUUGAUCUGCUUGUUAUUGCUAGAAUAGGAGACAUAUCUGAAACUUGAAAAUAUAAUAUUUUGCUCAUGUUUCUGUAGAUUUUAGUUUGCAACAUUGCCAGAUAAAACCGAUACUGUUCUUUAAGUUCUUUCAGGGUUUCAUAAUAUUCAUAAAUAAGUGUUUUACCUUUUCAAGCAGUUACGUGAAUCAACCUCCUUGUGUUUAUGUGUCGUAAGAAAAACUGGGCAGGUGUUUUGUUGAAGAGGACAUUAGGAAAACAAAAGAAUAUUUUCCGCCAGAAGAGAGUUGGUACUAUGGUCAGAGAGCCAAGAACACCACUUUUACACUUUUCUUAAAUAUGUAAUUCGGUGGACAAAAUGCCGCUGAAACAGAAAUGGUUCUUGUGUCAUAUCGAAAGCUGAGAAUACUACUACGAUAAAAUAUAUCUAAAUGCAAUAGGUAUUCAUAAUAUUUUUUUUCUCUAAAACAUAAUUGGCGGGCCGCUCCUAUCACAAAUUAUGAAAAUAACUCUUUUGAGCUUCUGUGGCCGUGAAAAAUAGUCGAUGGUAAAAGAUUGAGGGAAACUACAACACAAAUCAAUGCAAUAAAGCAUCAAAUGUUAGUGAUGGAAAUCCUUGCUUAUCGCACGGGUCCAUGAAAGAGUGAGGCCGUAUGUUUACAUUCAUGCUUUUCCCUACUCCUAAUCUUUAGAAACCUGAUUACAGGAUUUAACGUUAUUUCGACUAAGCCUUCCAAUCAUGUUUCUUAAAUAAGCUAUCGUAUUUACUUGAUCAAGCGCCGAAGCAAUUAUUCAAUUUUUAGCGUUUCUGAUGCGAAGUUCAUAACGUUGCGGCAUUUAUUUCAAAAUCAUAUUUCUCCAGUUUACCACGAUAAAUCAUUUUGUGACUCAGAAACUUCUUUUAAGUUCUCAAGUCUCGUUUUUAGAUAAAAAAAUUUCGACGGAAGGUGGAGGUAACCGAGUUAUAUGAUACUUGAUAUCCAAUUUUACUAUAAACUUCGAAUAAAUGCAACAUUCUUCUGAUUGGGUGCGGUGUAUAUACCAGGGCGGUGUUUACUCCAGUAAUAUGGUUAUGACACAAAACUGUUAUUGCAGAUGUUGUUGCAACAGGCUCUGCUCACCGCCACGUUAGCUUUCUACUUCAUGCAUUCAUCUCUUGGUUCAAGCAGUGUAACAGUUACUCCCCCACUCACGGCAACAUCAAAUUCAACCAUUGGCACGACCUCUCCAGUUGUAGUUAACAGCACUACUACCAAACAGGGUAAUUCCGGAGGCAGCUCCCUUCUCUCUAAGGGUGGACAUAGAAUGACUACCGUAUCAAUAGCGAAGUCCGUAGAUCACUCUGUCAAUCAGACCGCCACUGUGUCUAUUGGUUACGGUAAGAAUAUGACGGUACCGUUAGCAAAAAUAACAACUUGGUUUGAUGAAUACUUACAGUUAUAUAAAUGAUACUUCGUUAGACAAAUAGAAACUUAUGAAAUGGUUCUACAGGAAGCCUUAUUUAUCACGCUCAUUAGCGCUUUUUAAUGAAACCAACGUCGUUCAAAUGAAGACCCAAACCUGAAUAUGACCAGACUGAUAAGUACCUGGAUGGAAAAGUUAACGGCAACUUACAUCAAAUACAUUUUAACCGAAAAAAUUUGCUUUGCUUGAUUCUGUAGCUGCAGUAAGGUGGUCUUCUUGGAGAGUAGAAAAUACCGAUGAUUGCCAGAAGAAGUGUUGUGACACAGGGGGCCCAGUGAUUCGCCAGAUAAGAAAUUGUACGAUCAUAACAGAGCGAUGCAUAGGUCUCAAUAGAUGCUCACAUUAUGGACCCGUGGAGCGAGAUGUAUCGUGUUACACAGUGUGUGAUUGCAUGCACAGUCUCGGUCAGUUGUUUUCAUCAUUUUGUUUCACUUUUGUUUGAAACCAAAGCCCUAUGUCACUAACCAUGUGACUGACUGAGAUCCCAUGUUAUGGCGAAAGACAAUUGAGACGUGGUAACAUGUAGUGAGCCGAACAUGAGAGUGGGAAAUGUAUCAGAGAAAUUGGUAUACCUAACCAAAUGACAAGAACUAUACAAACAGCACACAUUACUUUGUGCGACAUAUUUGACUCACUUUAAGUCCCUAGAAAUAAAGUUCUUUUUCCCUGUCGACAAAAGAAAAGAAUGUAGAAAUGGUUACUAGUUUAUUUCAACCAUACUUUUUUAACCCACAUAUCAUUUAAGAUCGUAUGAAUAUCAGGGAAACUAGUGUGUGUUUGUCUUUAUCUGUUCCAGGGCACUUCUUGGCUGCUCCGGUGAUUAUGACGGUCAUGUCCAAUAUUCUAGCGGUUACUUGGUAGAAUGUGGCAUGCAACUAAAGAUAUGUACUGAGUUUGUAGCCAAUCACCGUUGUGGAUAUGUUUUAAAGGAUUUUUUUCUGUUCCCUAACCCGCGCUUAUUUUGCUCUUUUUGUUAACAAAUAAGCUAAAGCGAAAGUUCUUUCUUUUUCUCGUCACGAGUGUGGGACAAAGAAAAAAAUUCAGUUGGUCGAAGGCCGAUAAGCGCAAACCUAAGACUAAGUUUUAAUCCGGGUUUCUUUAUUUCCUUGUACAAAAGCCUUGUUGGGAUAAUUUUUUCUAUUCUUUUUAGAGCAUCUAAUAAUCAUAUCCUAGACAAAAAUAAUAAUACUGAAUUUUCUAUAAAAGCUUUCAUAUCUAAAAUCAGAUUUCACACUAACCCUGGGUUAUCUUAACCCAGCUUUGUAACAAGUAACAAGUGCGAGAACUUUUUAACUAGAAGACAGAAAAUCAAGCUUUCUUAGAAUAAGUUUAAUGUACCAGUCUUUGUCCCUUUUGUAAAAUUUCAUCCUAUUUGUGGUUAAAAAGAAGCUUUUUUCGCGUACAUCAUAUUAUCAAAAAGCUAUUCGUAAGGUAUUACAGUAGUGGGUUAGAUAAACUAAAAGAAAGAACUCAAGAGAGUUAAACUCUGCCUCACCUGCGCUCAAAUCUCAUCAUCGAGGUUAAAUUCUUAUGGUGUCGUUGGCGAGAUUUUCCAGAGUUCUUUAAACAGUCACAUGUUGAUAAUUCUCACCUAGAACUAUGUUUAUUUAAGUCUGUUAUAGUUAAAUUUUUUAAACUCUUUAGCUCGUGUUCUUUUUUAUUUUCCUUAACGGUAAAUGUGUCACCAAUAUGACCACCAUGAUUGCUACAUUAAUUUUCGAAACUUGAUUCUUUAUUCUUAGUAAAAUACUGUGAUACAACGCUGAGAAAAGGCCAUUAAAUUUACCAUAAAAUUCAUUAAUAGCAAUUUUUUUUUUACUUUGUGUACCUAGAAUUUUGUUUAAAAGGCAUAAAUGUACAUUAUUGCCUACUUUACUGACACGUUAAUUAUGUUAAAGUUAUCUAGGAGGUGAAUUAGGUGAAAAUUUGAUUGAACUCCAUUAAUCUGCUUCCGAUUUGUUUUCUUUUUUAACGUUGCAUAUUUCAUGAUGGUGUUACUGUAUUUUUAUCAAUACUUCUUCUGUCAUAGCCAUGUAAUUUUGCCGAUAACCUAAAAAAGGGAAGACCUCUCUAAAAACCUUCAUGCCACUUCCUUUCCUGCUUUGCAACUGCUUGAAAUCUGUCUUUCAAUUUAGCACAAUGGAGAUCCAGGAUUAGUAACUUAAUUGUAAGUAACAAUUGCACAAGGGAAGGGAGAGGAUGGAUAAAAUAAAUCGAUUGUUGCUCGCCUCUCCUG